UGUUUGCGCUGCCAUGGCUCUGCUAGUGAUAAUUUAAUGCUUGGAGGUCCUGUAAGACGUCACUUCCGCCGCCAAGAACUGCAAUGGCUGUACGGCAGGACCGCGGCAUUCCUCUGAGCACUCUUUCUCCCAAGUACCUUCAUACCAAUUCUACCAGCCACACCUGGCCUUUCAGUGCCAUUGCUGAGCUCAUAGACAAUGCCUGCGAUCCAGAUGCCCAGGCCGAUGCAUUUUGGAUCGAUAAGACUGUUGUCAAAGGACACGAAUGCCUCAGUUUCAUGGAUAAUGGGAAUGGUUUGGACCACGACGCCAUGCAUAAAAUGCUCAGCUUCGGCUACAGCGACAAAGUUGCCGUAAAUGGUGUGGAGCCCAUCGGGAUGUAUGGCAACGGUUUCAAAUCUGGAUCCAUGCGUCUCGGGAAAGACGCAUUAGUCUUUUCCAGGUCCAACAAUGUGUCGUGCGUCGGGAUGCUCUCUCAAACGUACCUGGAAGAGAUCAACGCCCAACAGAUAAUCGUGCCCAUUGUUUGUUUUGAGCACACGAACCACAACUUGCAUGUAAAAGAAGAGCACAAAGCCAGUCUGCAAGACAUUCUGCACUAUUCUCCCUUCAAGACUGAGACAGACCUGUUCACUGAGAUCAGCGCAAUCACAUCUACUUGCUCCACCACCACGACCGGAACACGCAUCAUCAUCUGGAACCUACGCAGGACAUCCACUGGUGCAUUGGAGUUUGAUUUUCAGACGGACCGGUAUGAUAUUCAAAUUCCGUCUGAUGUCUAUGAGGAGUUCACCCGGCCUGGUGAGAGAAUCCCCUCACAUGUACCUGAGAGUGUAUACUCACUACGGGCGUACUGCAGUAUCUUGUACCUGAAACCUCGCAUGCAUGUUGUUGUACGAGGUCAGAAGGUGAAAACUCAGCUGAUUGUCAAAAGUCUGGCCAACACCAAAACAGACCACUAUAAGCCCAUGUCUCUUACCAAAAGAGUCCCCAUCACUUUUGGUUACAACACCAAAAGUAGAGACCACUAUGGCAUCAUGAUGUAUCACAAGAACCGUCUCAUAAAGGCCUAUGAGCGCAUUGGCUGCCAACUCAAGCCAAACAAUAAAGGUGUUGGUGUUAUCGGGAUCAUAGAGUGCAACUUCCUGGAGCCCAUGCACAACAAGCAAAGUUUUAUUGAGAACGACAAGUACAGAAAAACAAUGAGCAGUUUGACAACCAAACUGGAUGAAUAUUGCAAUGAAAUCCGCUUCAGGCUGACCAGUGGCGACCCACGCAAAGUGGUGGAAGUAGGUGAGAUGAGCAAGCGUCCGGAUCAAAACUGGGUAAUGUGUGAACAGUGCAGGAAAUGGCGCAAACUGCCUGACGCCAUCGACUGCAGCAGGCUGCCGGACAGCUGGUUCUGUCAUAUGAAUCCUGAUCCUCAGUUCAGGAGUUGUGAGGUUGAAGAAGAGGCUGAGGACUCAGAUGACGACCAACCUUCAUACACAAAAACUUACAAGCAAAAAGAGAGGGAAGACAAAAAGAAGCUAAAAAGUAAGCAGAAGGUUGAGGAGAAUCAAUACCAUAUUGAAGAGCAACGCCUAAAUAAGAUGCGGGUGCAAAGUCAGGCGCUUCAACAGCAGCAGAAUGACCUGAAACGCAAGCUCCAACCAAAGAUCAUCCAUUCGCCCUCUACUCCCACGACCUCAUGGAGUAGGUUGAGCAGGGUGUUAGAACUAGAAGCUUCUUCUUCUCCAGGGAUUGCCGCUGUUUCUAGCAGCCCUCCCAGUAGUAAUGGUUUACCAAUUAUUUCAAGCGUGUACUCCUUGUUCCAAACUUCAAGCAAAAAAAGAAGGACGUCUGCAGAGUCACGAAGCACGCCUACAAAUUGUAAUCAAAAUGUCUUACAUCAACGUGCUUCAGAUGCUUCGUCAUCAGGAGAUGUGAGCCCACUCAGAAAUGAGGCCAUUGAACUGAAAAAUGCCGAAGCAGGCUUUAUGGAUUCGGUCAAUGAGGGAAGCAUUUCCUCCCUUGCACCGCCUCUUGUCAUCAACCAGACGCAAGCGCCAAAUAUAAAGGACGAAAAGGAGGAUGAGGAGAUGAAGAACAGAAAUGCAGACCAAACAGACGCUGGGGUUGUUGCAACCGCCGAACGUGGUACUCAGUUUUCAAGAAGAAUUAAGGAAGAAAACCAUAGCGAAGUUCAGGCCACUGAUAACUCCAACCAGAUUGUGUAUAUAGAUAGCGAUGAUGACGAUGACGUAUCAGAAUUUGUACCACGGCCUACAGAGACACUGGAACAAAAAGAUGUUAAGGAGCCAGGACAGAAUAAAAUGCCCUUUUCAUUAAAUUGUUUCCAUCAAUCGACCCAGACAGAGGAAAUGUGGCCGCUUAAAGACUACAAACGCUUGUUUGAGAAAGCUGAAGAAAAAAUAAAUCAACUUGUGAGCAACAGAGCUGAUUUAUUGGAAGGUGCUUGGACGAACCCUAGUCCUGCCCGGGCCGAGGAAGAUUUGGGCGAAAUCACUUGGCAAGUUGACUCUCUUGUCCAGGAACUGGAUCAAAGAACCAGGGAGAGGAAUCAACUGCUUUCUCAGUUGAAGAAUCUAGAGGAAGAAAAGGCAAAGCUGAAGUGCCAGUGUGAAGAGCUCAGGAAGAAGUUGCAGCAAGCAGAAGAAAUAACGAUCCAGAGUGGAAGUGGAGUGGUGAUACAAGUUGAAGAUUCGUCCACAGAACCAUCAAACGGUACUUCAAGCUCAGAUCACUUCCAAAGGCUGAUUGAGCUGCGUCACAACAUAGGACGCCUUCUUGUCAGCAGUGUGCCUUACCUGGACCUGGACCAAGUCAAUUAUGAGUGUGAUGUAAUUGAUGAGAUUUUGGAACAAUAUCUCGCUCAGAACUCUUAACAGUGAAGUAACUCACCAUGUCCAAACUGGAGCCAACACAGAUUUUUCCCCCCUCAUCUUCUGAGGAAUUCAUAUUCCUUCAUCCGUCCAUAUUCCAUCAUGUUCUAUCAUCCUCAUUACAUGAUGACUGUGAUCGCAAAGCACAUUCCGACAAACAAUUAUUUACACCUAUGGGAAUUUUAAGUCUUCAUUGGACUGAAUGGCUAACAGUUAUGAUGAUCACAUGAAAACAUAAUCAGGGAUAAUGAUAAGAUCACUGUUCACUCACACCUCAGCAUGUAAAAAUCAAAAUGAACCAAACUUAAACUUUUUACAAUGAAAGUAGAGAGUACAGUUUCUUCAUGCAAAUAAUGAAGUGCUGAUACAAACCAACUCAACUUU